UUUGAAAUUAUUCAUAAAUAAAAAUGGAUUCUGGCGUGAGUCAAGGAAAAAAACAAAUUCGUGUAGGAUUUUAUGAUAUUGAAGGCACCAUUGGUAAAGGAAACUUUGCUGUGGUAAAAUUAGCUAGACAUCGUAUUACCAAAACAGAGGUUGCUAUUAAAAUAAUUGAUAAAACACAAUUGGAUCCUACCAAUCUUGAAAAAGUUUAUAGAGAGGUAGAAAUAAUGAAACAAUUAGAACAUCCACACAUUGUUAAAUUAUAUCAAGUUAUGGAAACAAAGAAUAUGAUAUAUAUGGUAUGUGAAUAUGCAAGCAAAGGUGAAAUAUUUGACUAUAUUGCACGAUAUGGAAGAAUGGGAGAACCCAGAGCUCGUGCAACAUUUGCUCAAAUACUUUCUGCGGUUGAAUACUGCCAUGCAACGGGUGUAGCACAUCGUGAUCUCAAAGCUGAAAAUUUACUCUUGGAUGCUGAGAUGAAUGUUAAGAUUGCUGACUUUGGCUUUAGCAAUAGAUUUUCACCUGGUGAAAGGUUAAGUACAUGGUGUGGUAGUCCCCCGUAUGCAGCACCAGAGGUUUUUCGAGGGAAACAUUAUGCUGGUCCUGAAAUUGAUGUGUGGAGUUUAGGUGUUGUAUUAUAUGUAUUAGUAUGUGGAGCACUGCCCUUUGAUGGAUCUACCCUUCAAUCUUUAAGAGAUCGUGUUUUGAGUGGAAGAUUUAAAAUUCCAUACUUUAUGAGUACAGAUUGUGAAAGUUUAAUACGUAAAAUGUUAGUUUUGGAACCUGCAAAACGAUAUACCAUUCCACAAAUAAAGAGACAUCGUUGGAUGGCUCUAUCUCCAGACAGUAUUUUAUCAAUGAUCAUAAGAAGAUCAUCAUCAUCCAUCCAAGAACCAAAUGAACAAAUACUUCGACUUAUGCAUAGUUUAGGCAUAGACAUUACACGAACUAGAGAGUCUUUAAGGAAUAGUAGCUAUGAUCAUCAUGCAGCUAUUUAUUUCUUGUUGUUAGAAAGGUUGAAACAACAUCGUGUCACCAGCACAGCAUACAAUGCCUGCUGGCCUAAUGUUGCAGGAACAAAAGAAGACAAAUUCAAAUCAAGGACAAGAGAAGACGCAACUCGAGGAGGAAAAAGGUUUAGUUCAACUAGUUCUUCAACUGAUGAAGGAUGCUGUAGUGCAGAAGGUGAUUUGGAGGAAGGUCCAAGUGGUGAUGAAUUGAGAGAAGCUCAAAUAAAACUUGAGGAACAUAGACUAGGCCUAGAUCAUGAUAUCAGUCAACGAAUUGACAGUCAGAUAGUCAAUCGAAGAUUAAGUGAUUAUCAACAGCAUUUUGAUACCCCACUUAUGGAUUCUAUUGAUCCUCCUAGUCGAACGACAUUAUUUAUUGCGGGUGGUAACGGUAGUUCAUCAUCCGAACUUUUUGAAUCCAGUUUUGACUCUGGUUGUCCGCCAGAUUACUCAGGAGCAAAUUCAUUCACAAGUAGCUUGCCCUCCUGCACACCUCCACCACCUCCAUCGCCAAUGACUGGUAAAUUGUCAAGAGUUUCUAAAGAACGAAGAGCUUCUGAUAGUGGACCUAGAUUACUGUUUUGUCAACAAGGUGGUGGAGACAGACCGACUAAGCAGCGAAGUAUUCAAGAUUCUGGUAAAGCUAGAGGUCAUUUAGAUCUUGUUCAUUUGAAACCACCAUCUACUCCAUCAGAAAAUCAACAACAAUUUAAAAUUCGAGACUCCAGUACACAGUUACAACUACUAGUUCAACAACGUAUGUUGCAACAAAAACGAAAUUUAUACCAUCGACAAAGAGGUGGAGGAAGUCCAACUCCAAUACCGGUAUCAACGAGUAGCACGAGUAGACGCACUGACCAUGUACCAAGGCAAGACAGUUAUAAAUUAGCUCAAAGAACACAGAUCUUACCACCUUUAUCUCAGGGACACGUUGAUAGAGACUUUGAUAGAGAAAGAAAACAAGAUGAAGAAAGAUGGAAAAGUCUACCAUCUCGACUAGCAGCAGAUUGUCAGUUAGCUGAAAGUACACUGCUGUGGAGCCAACAGGUGGGCCUCAGUGGAGGAGCGUCAUAUUUGCCACCUGGCAGUGUAGGUGGCUUCUUAUGGCCCACUGGAAGCAACCCUCAUUCAACCAUCUUCGAAAAUGUGGGGGAUCCAAUGGAAUGA